AUGGAUGACAUCAUUCCCCGUCGUCGAUCUCAACACCGGAUCCAACGGCUGGGCUUCUCCUGCCGGCGACAUCUCCGCUCCGCUAACUACUUCAAAACCAAACAGAAAUCUCCCGGCGGCGACUACCUCCUCUCUCCCGCCGGCGUUGACUGGCUCAAAUCCACCGCUAAACUCGACAACGUCCUCGCUCGUCCCGACUACCGUGUAGCUCACGCGCUAAGAAAAGCCCAAUCUCGCGGCGAAUCCCUAAACAGCUUCAUCUUCGCCGUCAAUUUCCAGGUCCCAAGCAAGGAACCGUACAGCCUGGUGCUCUAUUUCGCGACGGAAGAUCCGAUUCCUUCCGAUUCUCUGCUCCACCGGUUGAUCAACGGAGAAGAAGAUGACUCGUUCCGUAACCAGAGAUUGAAAUUACUGACCAAUGUCGUGGAAGGUCCUAGGAUUGUUAGAGCUGCGGCCGGGAACUUCGGGGCGUUAGUUUUGGGUAAGGCUUUGAAGUGUGGUUACCAUAGAGGAACUAACUACUUUGAGAUCGAUGUCGAUUUGGGAAGCUACGCGAUCAUGGCGGCAGUUGUACGGCUUACGUUGAGGUACCUUAGGAGCUUGACGACUGAUAUUGGGUUCGUUGUGGAAGCCCAAACGAAGGAUGAGUUAUUAGAGACAUGA